AUGUCAGUGGCCCCCCCUCCUUGGAGAAUAAUAUUUUUUGGUACAGAUGAAUUUGCUUUGAAGAGUGUCCAACCAUUGUGUGCAAAACUUCGCACUGGGACCCUCAUGAGUGACUUGGCGAUUGUGUCGAGACCAGGCUCUGUGGUCCGAGCAUUUGCAGAAGAUGAGAAACUGCCUGUUAUUGAGUGGCCAUUCAACCAUAGUGUGAUCGAGAAUAAGUUUGACCUUGGCAUUGUAGUAUCAUUUGGUCAUUUGAUCCCUAAGGCGAUCAUCAGUGCAAUUCCUUUAGGUAUUCUGAAUGUUCAUGGGAGCUUACUACCGAGGUGGAGGGGAGCCGCACCCAUACUCUACGCAGUAAUGAAUGCUGACCCUGAAACUGGUGUCACUAUCAUGAAGAUAGAACCUCACAAGUUUGACACUGGCAGUAUUGUCAGACAGUACAGGUGUCCAGUAGCUCCUAACGAGACAACGCCUCAGGUCACUGACAGGUUGGCAGUGCAAGGAGCAAGACUACUCAUGGAGUGCGUGAGAGACUUGCCACGGUGCCUAGAGAUGGCAGCACCACAACCUGAAUAUGGGAUCACUUAUGCACCAAGAGUGACAAUGAAACUCUCUUACGUCAACUGGACAACAAUGGGGGCUAAGCAGGUGUACGACCUUCACAGAGCAAUAUCACAUCUAUAUUCUCUCACAACCAGUUGGCAUGGAAUCCAGACUAGGCUUUUAGAUAUAAAACUGGAUCCCACAACUUCUGCUUCUAGUCCAAAGACAGUAUCAGCAUCUUCAAAACAGUCGGCUCUUGACUUCUUGAACUCCCCGACAGAGCCCAGUACGACACCACGAUACUUCAUAGACACAUCCAUCUCAAGGCCAGGAACAAUAUUCUACAACAAGCUGAACAGAACUAUGAAGAUUCAGUGUGGGGACGGUUUGUGUGUUUCUUGUGGUGGUGUGCGAAUGGGUGGCAAGAACUUUAUAAGCCCUCAUGACUUUUAUAAUGGAUAUUUAACAAAAGUAAAGAAGACAGAAUGGUAUUUUACAUAGUCUUCUGAUUAUUGUAAUACAAUGUGUAUAGUCUUAGAAAUCAAUGGAGGUGAUAUUCUAUGAUCAGUAAUGUUUAAUUAAAGACUUGCUUAAAUCUAAAUUGCAUGUAAGAAAUACUUGCUGUACCAAAAAGUGAAUAACUAGGUUUUGAGUAAGAAAUGAGACUGUAUUAGUAUAUAAAAGAGAACUAGUUAUUUUAUAUUUUACGGAUAAAUAA